GAGAGAGAGAGAGAGAGAGAGAGAGCUGUCAACUUGCAACUUGACCCGGAGGAGAAGUACAUCGGCCAUUUUGGGAUAAGAAGAAGGGGGCUUUUCUGUCACCACGUGAGGGAGGAGGGAGAGCCCGAAAAGGAGAGCAAAAAACCCGAGCAGAGUCGAGAGAGUAUUUCGAAGACCGAGGGGCCAAAGCCGGGGAGCCGCAGCUGAUACACACCCGCACUCAUCUCAUCUCACAUGUGCUGAAGAACAGGAAAACGAUGCCGACAGUCACCCUACCGCCUAAAGAAAACGCUCUCUUCAAGAGGAUUUUGAGAUGCUAUGAGCACAAGCAAUACAGAAAUGGGCUGAAAUUCUGCAAACAGAUUUUGUCCAACCCCAAGUUCGCUGAGCAUGGAGAGACGCUGGCGAUGAAGGGGCUGACACUCAACUGCCUGGGGAAGAAAGAAGAGGCCUAUGAACUUGUACGCCGAGGGCUCCGAAACGACCUCAAGAGCCAUGUCUGCUGGCACGUGUACGGUCUGCUGCAGCGGUCGGAUAAGAAGUACGAUGAGGCUAUUAAGUGUUACAGAAACGCCCUGAAAUGGGACAAAGACAACCUGCAGAUCCUCAGAGACCUCUCCCUGCUGCAGAUUCAAAUGAGGGACCUGGAGGGCUACAGGGAGACCCGGUACCAGCUCCUGCAGCUGCGACCGGCUCAGCGGGCAUCGUGGAUCGGCUAUGCCAUUGCAUACCACCUACUGGAGGACUAUGAGAUGGCAGCAAAGAUUAUCGAGGAGUUCCGGAAAACGCAACAGACGUCUCCAGAUAAGGUGGAUUAUGAGUACAGUGAGUUGCUGCUGUAUCAGAAUCAGGUGCUGAGGGAAGCAGGGCUCCUCAAAGAGGCUCUGGAGCAUCUCACCACCUACGAGAAACAAAUCUGUGACAAGCUGGCUGUUGAGGAGACCAGAGGAGAGCUCCUGCUGAGUCUGCGGCGCUUUGAGGAGUCUGCUGAUGUGUACAGAAGACUGCAGGAGAGAAACCCGGAGAACUGGUCCUAUUACCACGGCCUGGAGAAAGCACUUAAGCCUGCCACAACAGAAGAACGGCUGAAGAUCUAUGAGGAGGCCUGGGUAAAGUACCCUAAAGGCCUGGUGCCUCGCAGACUGCCUCUCAACUUUCUUUCUGGAGAGAAGUUUAGGGAGUGUCUGGAUAAGUAUUUAAGAAUGAACUUCAGCAAAGGCUGCCCUCCAGUCUUUACUACUCUUAAACCCCUCUACCAGGACAAGGACAAGGUGGCAAUAAUUGAAGAAUUAGUUGUAGGUUAUGAAACAUCUUUGAAUAGCUGCCGAAUGUUCCAUCCAAACGACGAUGGGAAGGAGGAGCCACCCACCACAUUACUAUGGGUGCAGUACUUCCUGGCACAGCACUAUGAUCAGAUUGGUCAGCAGACACUGGCUCUCGAGUACAUCAACUCUGCAAUAGAAAGCACGCCGACUCUCAUUGAACUCUUUCUAGUUAAAGCUAAGAUAUAUAAGCAUGCUGGGAACAUUCGGGAGGCAGCACGCUGGAUGGAUGAGGCCCAGGCGCUGGACACUGCUGAUCGCUUCAUUAACUCCAAAUGCGCCAAGUACCUGCUCAAAGCAGGCCUGGUCAAAGAGGCCGAGGAGAUGUGCUCCAAGUUCACGCGGGAGGGGGCUUCUGCAGUCGAGAACCUGAACGAGAUGCAGUGUAUGUGGUUUCAGACCGAGUGUGCACUGGCAUAUAAAUCCAUGAAGAAAUACGGAGAUGCACUUAAAAAAUGCCAUGAGAUCGAGAGGCACUUUGUGGAGAUAACGGACGAUCAGUUUGACUUCCACACAUACUGCAUGCGGAAGAUGACUCUUCGCUCCUAUGUAGACCUGUUAAAACUAGAGGAUGUGUUGCGCAUGCAUCCAUUCUACUACAAAGCUGCAAGCACCGCCAUCCAAAUCUACCUCAACCUGCAUGACAACCCACUCAUCGAUGACAGCAAGGAGCUACAGGCUGAUACCGGGAAUCUGUCUGACAAAGAGCUGAAGAAAUUGCGGAAUAAGCAACGGCGAGCACAGAAGAAAGCUCAACUGGAAGAAGAGAAGAAGAAUGCGGAAAAAGAGAAACAGCUGAAGAACCAGAAGAAAAAGAAAGAGGAUGAUGAUGAGGAGAUUGGGGGACCUAAAGAGGAACUCAUACCAGAAAAACUAGCUAAGGUGGAAAACCCAUUAGAUGAGGCUGUGAAGUUCCUGAAUCCUUUAAAAAACCUGGUGAAAAAUAAGAUAGAGACUCACCUCCUGGCCUUCGAGAUCUACUUCAGAAAAGAAAAGUUCUUGUUAAUGUUGCAAUCAGUGAAGAGGGCCUCUGCUAUAGACCCUGAUCACCCAUGGCUUCACCAAUGUCUAGUGCGUUUCUUCAAAAGAGUAUCAGAGGCUAAAGACUUGGCAGAACCGGUCCGCACGGUUCUGAAGCAGGAAAUCUCUCGGUUGUUAGGUGACAGCAAUGCCAAGAGCUUUAACCAAGCUUUCCUCAGCAAGCACUCUGACUCUAUCCCUCACCGAUUUGCAGCUGCCAAAAGCAUGUACUACUUAGACCCUUCAACACAGAAGAAGGCAUUGGAACUUGCAACAGCACUGGACGAGUCACUUAAUAGCAGGAGCAUUCAGAUCUGUACAGAGGUGUUGGAAAGUCUGCGUGACGGCAGCCUUGGAGACGCCAUGGAGACGGCCGAAUCGUAUAGGGCAGAGUGUCAUAAGAUCUACCCGUACACACUGGCCUUCAUGCCUCCAGGCUACGAGGAAAACAUGAAGAUUGCUGUUAACGGUGACAUCUCCACAGAAACGGAAGAGCUAGCCAAUGACAUGUGAACACCUGAAAUGGGGUGGGGCUGAGGGAGGAGGGGACGGAACAGGAGGUGGGGCAACAGCACCAUUUUUAAAACACCCGAGACGGUUGCCUUUGAUGACUCGUUUGCGUGCUGAGCUUCCUGCGUUCUCCCCCACCGGCUGAAAUCACAAUCAGGACCGAGAGACGAUGAAGGUGUCUGCGGAGAAGAGGAUACGGGGUGGGGGAGGGGAAGGGGGGAAAAGGAGAAUAAAAUGGCCAUCUUAUUUUUCUUUUUUUUAAUGUUGCUGAUGACUACUCUCUAACUGAAAUGAAUAGACAACACACCAACACCCUGUUGUGAAACGUGUCUAAAGACAGCGAGCUACAAACCGUUGGCUUAAUUAACUGUGCAGAGGAAAAGGCAAACCUUAUAGUCAACCACCAACCAAACCCACCUUACCCCCUCUGUUUUAAAACGUAAUUUAUAUGGAAAAAUAAAAACAGCAUAAAACGA